UAGGAAAAACCUAAGGAGUCGUUGGAGUUCUUCGUUCGAGUCGCCGUUCUCUAAAGAAACUCUCCCCAAAUUCCCCCAAAUCGCUCGCUGUUCUUGCUCUCGAUCGACAUUCGUCUGGCCUGUAUCGUACAUCCUUAUCGGAAGGAGUACGUUUUAUUCUCGAUCAGGAAAGUGGGACUACUGAAGUUGCUUUGUUUUGAUUUUGUUCUUUGUUGUAGUCUCUCGGAAUGGCCACGGAAACUACAAACCCUGUGGUGGCUCCUAGUGCUAAAGUGGUUGGGAAUGCCUUUGUGGAGCAGUAUUACCAUAUUCUCCACCACUCUCCUGAGUUGGUUUACCGAUUUUACCAGGACUCAAGCGUGUUGAGUCGCCCAGAUCCAAAUGGUUUGAUGACUACUGUGACAACUAUGAAAAGCAUAAAUGAAAAAAUAUGCUCCUUGGACUAUAAAAACUACAAGGCAGAGAUAAAAACUGCUGAUGCUCAGGAAUCUUUUAAGGAUGGGGUCAUUGUACUUGUAACCGGGUGCUUGACUGACAAGAACAACUUGGGAAGGAAAUUCGCGCAAACAUUUUUUCUCGCUCCUCAAGAUAAAGGGUACUAUGUUUUAAAUGAUGUCUUCCGAUAUGUGGAGGGCAGCGAACCAGAAACUGGUACUGAUAUGGCUGUUGGAGUUGACAAUGCGCCAACUAUUUCAACAAAAGAUCCAGAGCCUGUUCAGGUUGUUGAUUCUUCCAAACCAGACCUUUCAACUUCUCCUUCGGAAGAAAAUGUGACUAUUGAGGAGGAGAAAGAUAACAAUGAAGUAAUCAUUGAGGGAUCAUCUAUUCACAACAGAGACGCCAUUGUGGAACCUGAAUCUCACGUCAGUGAUAACCAAGCAUCUGUCGAAGAAGAAUCAUUAACUUCUGCAUCCCAUGAUGAUGCUCCAAAGAAAUCAUAUGCGUCGAUUCUUAGUUCACAAGCAAAGAAAGGACCCACAAAAGUUUAUGUACCUGCUGGCUCAGCCAAAGAAACUUAUGUAAGGACUGAGAAGCAACCUGUUCACCCUGCUCCUGAGGCUUCAAGCUCUGAAGCAUCCAUAAAUGAUCCACCUGUUCAUGCACCUGAGACGAAUGAUGCUCCGGAUGAAGUUGAGGGUCACUCUAUAUAUGUCCGCAAUUUGCCCCUAAGUGCAACGGUUUCUCAGCUUGAAGCUGAAUUCCAGAAGUUUGGACCCAUUAAGCCAAAUGGCAUCCAAGUCAGAAGUAAUAAGCAACAAGGAUUCUGCUUCGGCUUUGUUGAAUUUCAAGACUUCAACUCCAUGCGAAAUGCAAUUAAGGCAUCUCCUGUAAUGAUCGGGGACCGACAGGCUUUUGUGGAUAUCAAGCGGACCACAACUCGAGUAGGGGGUGGGAGGGGUCGGUUCACAUCCUCACGUGGAGGUUUCCGUAGUGACAACUUCAGGGGUCCUGGAAACCUCAACAAUAACAGAACUUAUGUUCGAAGUGACAGCUUCCGGGGCGGUCGGGGGAGCUUCAGCAGAACCAAUGAAGGCUACCAACAAGGGCGGGGUAGGGGGAGAGGGAGUCGUCAGCCCGGCCCCAUCCAGACAUGAAAAGGAUGUUUAGAACUUGUCGGAACAAUUAGCCUAUUGACGAAAUGAACGACUAGUCUUUAGUUUUUAGAUCGGGAAUGAUUGUAAUGCGGCAAUAUCAUGUUGAUUAAAUUAUAGUUAUUAGAUCAAAUACCGGUAUAAUGAUUGUAACGAUAUAUCUUACAUUUAAAAAAUAUAUAUUUUAGUGAAAAUAAUCUUUCGACUAAUGUUUUAAUAUGCAUUUAUUAUUGAUCCAUACUCAAUGUUUGUAGUAUGUUUAGAACGUGUCAGAACAAUUACUCUAUUGACGAAAUGAACGACUAGUCUAUAGUUUUUAUAGUUAUUGAAUCAAACAUUAGUAAAAUGAAGGAUCGAAAUUUAAUAAGAAUAUAUUAGUAAUUUAAUAUAUAUAUAUAGUAUGAUGUUACGAUGUUUACAAUUGUUGAGUAAAUGAAAAAAAUGCCAUGUUCUUGCAUAUUAAAUUUGCUUAUGCAAACAAAAAAGCAAAGUAAAUAAAAGAAUAAUAAUAAUGUGUGAUAAGUAUGCUAAACAUAUUUAAUUUAAUUAAUUAGAUUUUCUUUUUCAUUUAUGAAAUAAUAUUUGAUGCCGUGCUUUUUCGCUUUUCAAUUAUCAUUGUAAUUUAUUUGUGUGUGUUUUGAACAAAAACAAUUAGAAUCGUCGAAUAGCUUAUAACAUAACUACUUUCUAUAUGAACAAAAAAUAUUGAAUAGUUAAAUUAAAUAUCAACGAUAAUCAUUCUUUAGAAUUGAAAGAGUUCGUCGGAUUUCCUUGCUAGAUUUAUAUGAUGCGCUUAUUCAGCGUAGAUCAUAUGUUGAAUGCAUAUGUAUCAUGUGCUGUGAUACCAACUUUUAGAUCAAUCUCUAACUCUAAUCAUCAUCUUAUUGUUGUCUUUUAGAUCGGGUUGACUGAUGAGCUUAAUUAUGCAUAAGCAAUGUUUGGUUUAUAGAUAGAUACAUGGGAAUUUGGAGAUUAGAGGGAAAAAAAAAUAAAAAAAAUUCAAUCAUUCUAUAUGCCUUAGAUUAAUAGGUUGUUCUUCGAGAAGUUAAACUUGUGUGUGCAUUCAACAUGUUCUUUUGAAAGACUUUUGAUCAAGAAGAAGAGUGGUGUAGUAUACCAUUCUUUGCUAUUGAAAAAAUGAUCAUUAGGACCACGCUUUUGAAUAAAAUUUCGAUACUGCGAUUUUGAAGAAGGUCCAGAAAAGACUGAAUUCAAACAAAAGUAAAGCUGCAAAUGUUCGUGAUUUUGGAUUUGAGUUAGUGAAUGCUAGUUUAUUCAGUAUAGAGUAGUGAGAUUAGAUUAAACUUGAUAUGUUAUAGAGUAGGAUUUUAGAAAAUCUAAAUUGAAAGGAAGUAGUGAAUUUUAUUUCCUAUUUUUUUGUUUAUUAGAAACUGUGUAAAGUUAGCAGGGUGACAAACUCUGUUUGUGUUCAUGAGUUUUGAUUUGAGUUAGUGAGUGCUAAUUUAUUGUAUUGAGUAAUGAAAUUAGAUUAAACUUGAUUGGGAUUUUAGAAAAUCUAAAGUGACUGAACAAAUAAUGAAAUAUUCUCUAUGUCCGCAUCUAGAGUCAUAUUUACUUUUUGUAUCGUUGUACUUAAUAUUAAAAAUAUUUUUGUAUUUGCAUAAUGUUUUGUAUAAAUGUCAUUCUAUUAGUAUUAUAAGACACUAAUAGAAUUAUUUUUGCAAUUUUUUCUUAAUUUGUACUACGUUUUGAUAUAAUAAUUAAUAUUGAAAGAUCAACACGCAAAAAAUAAAUGAGAUCUUUAUAACCGGACGAAUGUAGUACAAUGUAUUGUUUCUUUCAUUGUACAUUGUAUGGUGUUUGGAUAGCCUUUGCCCUUUGGUUAACAAUAUUAGAAUCGUAUUGCAAAAUAUUUAUGGUUGUUUGGUUGUUUGUACUUUAAAAUUGAUUUGAAACGGGGUGUUAUAUUGUAUUU